ACGUUGUACCUAUAACGAAUCCUAUAUCUGGCAUUUGAAUUGAUUGUGUAAAAAUUUUGUUUUUAAUCGCUUUAGUAUUUUCACUCAAUAUUAUUUCUGUAUAAGUAUCUUUACUCGUUUUCUAAUCGCAAUAUUUGUACAGUAAAGACUGAAUUUUGAUAGAGCUUAAAAUUUGAUAGUGUAUAUAUUGCGAUGAACGCAUGAAAAGGCUAAAGGGAAAGCUGAAAUUUUACAUUCGUCAUGUCUAUAACUUACCUUUCGGGACUCAGCCUGCUUGUUAAAAACCUGUUUGUAGGUUUCCCAGUAUAGCAUUCAAUCACUGUUAUAGAAAAUAGGAAACGAAAAGUGCGGGACUACCCCGAGGCAUGCAUCUAUUGUGGGUUUCAAUUUAUCAAGGCUUUCAAAAUCCCAUACACAAUAUCACAUUCAUGUCUUAUCUGUUGUUUCGACUACAGUUCAUAUCGGAGUUGCUUCAUUGUCGGUAGUAUUUGACCGUCUAUCCCAGGCGAAGUAAGAAAACAUAGCGCGGUUUUACUAAAGAAGUCGUAACAAAUAGUAAAAAAAUGCCAAAUACGAUCCGUGAUCAUCCAAUCAUCAAGCAUAAGCUUGUAAAACGGUUCAACCGUUCCAAAGUGCUAAACAUAAUAGAGUUAGCCAUAAUGGACAAAAUGAAGGAUUCAGCCUCAACAGUGGGCGGCGGUAGCAGUGAAAGUAGUGCUGGAAUAUCGGCUGCUGGAGAUGAGUUUCACAGUGAAUUCUACAACACGGGGAGAAUUGGCCGACGCAAUGCUCUGCCGGACAUACUUGGUUCGCACUGUACUACCACUACGGCCGAUCUGCCAACGCAGAUGGGAGCGUUGUCUACCUCCGAAUGUUCCAACAAACCCUCCAACACGACAGCGACGGGUAAUGGUACCGCGAUGAUCACCACCAACCCAGCUAAUUCAUCCACCGGUGGCGGAGGUUCAUAAAAUAUAUGCGAUCAGUUCGCCACCACCGCUAGGAACUAGCGCCAACGUAGAACAACAGCAACAACAACAACAAAUGUUAGUCUUAAGCACUUUGAUUUAACUUUACGAAGUUUGCUCUCUGGAUGGAUCGUAUUAUUAAUACUAAUCGCAGAAAAAGACGAUGCGGCGGUGCAUAUGUGAGGCGAGAUCAUCUAUAAAUAAUUUAGUAAUCGAUAAGAAAAGCCUUUCGUAUUGGAAAAGUGAAACAGGAUUAGUAUUCGAGCGACAGCGAGAUGAUUUGGGAGUUUUUGUACACAAAACAAAAGUUGCGUUCUCGAAAUAGAAAAUGGAUUUUCUACGCUGCUGUAGAACAAAAGGCACUAAGUGCAGUUAAUCAGUAGUAAUUUAACGAACAGGACACAAGGAAGUAGGUAUUUUUCUCGAUGAUGAAUUGUGUUUCCCUUUCUUUAUUGUAUAAGAGUUUGCUGUUCUUCGCAAGACUGUAGAAUGAUCAAUUCGAUAAAUUAUUUUGGCCAUUAUCUUUAACACUUAUCAUAAGUUAAGGAUGUAAUUUGCCAUGGUGGCGUUGAAAGAGAUUAAUUUGAACUGUAUUAAAAAAUCAAUACAAACCUGUAGAUCUUAGUUUAGGUUUUAGCGCCCGGUAAGCCAAACUUUCUGCUUUAUCCGCAGUUUUACUCGCAUAUUCUCAAAGUACAAAUAUCCUUCGUACUUCGGUUGCAUGGUUAUGCCUACUUUGCCGUUAGAAAAGCUCUGAUACGGAAUUUCACAAUACACGAACAAACAUCACAAAGUUCAACUAAAACGGUGAACAAGCAGAAUCUGAGUAGGCGUAAACGGUCGGGCAGUGAUGUGAUCUGAAAUGGAAAGGUGAUAUCAAGGUUUACUCUCAGUAAGAGCAUGGCUUUUUUAUGUUUAACAUUAUAAUUCGCUUGUCCCGCCGACCGCACCCUGUAAUGUUCCUUAAACUAAGUUUACUUCAAAAUCUCGUUUAAAUAUUAACUUUGCAUAGCAAUUCGUUUAGGUUAACAUUUAGAAUUAUACUGUAUAGUCAGCAUUCUAAAUUUGUGAAUAUACCUGUCACACCACUUUCACCAGUCACGCCAGUUUCUUUUCUUAAUUACAUCGCUUAGAAAGGUUAAGUGCUCACGGCACUGAUUGUUUGUUUUUAGCUUGAGUAGAAAAACUUACGUUGAAAAUAACAAAGAGUACUUAUGAUGAUUUUUGAAUUUAAAUUACCAUUUAUUUUCAUCAAAGCAUCAAGGGCUAGCUUGUUUUUGUAAACUUGCUUGGAGUUAGAUAAAUUAGGGAUUCCCUAAAAGAAUAAAAAAAAACUAAACGCAUUAAGGUCGUUCAAGUGCUGCUUAUUUAUUACUUUAACUUUAAUUCUCAUAUGAUUGAGUAUUUGAAAAACAAAUCAGUGCUACCAGAUUUAAGAUCGAAAUCAGUGAUAAAAUAAUCAAAUAAUUGUGCUGGAAAUACAUUCAGAAAGUGAGUUAUUAUGCGCUAUGCGCUUUUACGUAAGGCAAUCACCAACUCAGGGAGCAUAUGCCGUUUUCGUAUACCGGAAAUUACAGUGUAUAGAGCUAAUCGAAUUAAACCGAGGGCAAAAAUCGUACCCAUUUGGAUCCAUAUGAACGUGCACUGAAAACAAACUGAAUUUCGGUAUGCCGCAGUCUAACGAUAAACGUCCAAAAUCAUUUUGUAAUUAGCGAGUAGCAAUUGUUUGCAUUUUAUGUAGUCAAUUGUUUUCAGAUGAAUUUAGUUUUUAUUGUGUAACUUCUUAGGCGAUUAGUUUGCAUCUUCCAGAUAUAAUUUUCAUUCCUAAUUAUAACUUAUUUAUGUACGAAAAUUAGAAACUACAAAAUUUGUGAACAAAAUUACCUACAUAAUAACUUGAAAAUAUGAAUCUAACUUGGUGUUAUAGUAACAAUUCUGUUGAAAAAGUAUGAAACGACAAUUGAUUCUUCGCUUCAAAGUUAUUCGUAUACGGCACGGUAACUGACUGUGGUCUCACGUGAUUUAUUGAAAUAAUUACAAGAUGUUUAGAAACUCAUGUGGUAGUUGCAAAGCAAAAUGAAAAUUAAUUUUUUCGGUGUUUUCUAAUUUUUAGAUCAGAGCACAUUGUUUGGAUGUUCUAGAGGUGAUCAUAAUAAUUUAAAACAAUUAAGACAUUACCAAAGAUUAUUUGUUUGAUACCAGUAAAUUCUGUUAGGUUAAGUUUGGCUAAAAUGUGUAGUAAAACCGAACAGAACACAGAAUCAUCAACCGAGUAUUGUCAAACAGUCAUUAAUGACUUCUCUAAAUUGAAGUAUAGGAUAUAAAGCUUGUUGAAGUAUUAUUGUUUGACUAUUUAAAAAAAUUCAUCUAUUUGUUUACCUAACAUUGCCUUGCGAAAUUGAAAUUCUAGAAGAAACAAAAUGUACCUCGCGGCAGAUCCCAACGAUUGUUACUUGCUUAUUACAUGCUCACACAAUUAAACUCUGAAGUAAAAUCAAAAUCGACAUUUGAAUUGAGAACGGUUUAUGCGUAGACAACUGUGUUGUUCUCAACUUCACACAUUUUAAAAUCACAAAGCUUUAGGGCCAGUGCCAAUAGAGGCGUGACAUUUAACCCCAAAUAGCUCAAAUCCUAACGAACCUAAAGUUAACGACAACAAUAGUUUGGUCAGCAGAGGUGAAAAUACGUAUAGAGGUGAAAGACACAAUAAAAUCCACACAAAAAUUCACAUUUUUAAAAUAACCUAUUUUAGCUAGCCGCUGUCGCAGCGAUCAAUAAUCAAGUUCACCGUAUUCAUAUACCCAAGAGAAAGGAAGUGAGAAAAGAGCCAACAGUAUUCGAUGGUGUCAAUGUUCAAGUCAUUGAUUGUUAGUGUGCACAUGGACCUUAAUGAUAUAUUAUGGAGGAAAUUGAUUAAAUUUAAAAUUUAGACGUCGUAAAAAAGUCAUUCUCGAAAUUGUUCAUAAUCUAUAAAAUCUAACCGCUUUUUGUUUGUUUGUCUCCAGACUGCUGAAAAUAGUUGAAAAAUGUUUCAAAUACCACUAGAUCGAAUACAAUUAAAACAACAUUCGGCCUUAUCCUAGUUUUUCGAUCAAAUGGGUGACUGACUUAAUCAAACCAUAUUCACUAAGCUCAUUAAGCUUUCUUAAACAAUCGUCAGCUACUAGAGAUUUUCAUCUGGAAGCUGAUAGAUCCCCUUAAUGGCUGGUCUACCUUUAAAAAAACAAUAGGUUCACUGAAAACCUAAUCACAGAGUUUUGCAGUAUUUCUAUAACAUGUAUAUGCUAAUGAGAACCGCACAGAACAAAUCUAUAUAGUGUGUCAAUUUAACUGAUAAAAGAAAAAAAAACAACAAAACCCAUAAAACAAGAACAACAUAAUAUACCUGUAUGCUAAUUUAAAUUCAUUGUAAUCGAACUCUAGCUGUAAGAGGUUGAUAAUGUUAAGGCAACAAAGCAGAGACAAAUUACCAAAAUUUACAAAUAGAUCUACUGGAAGCGAGAGCAGAAAACAUAUAGAUCAAAUCACAAAAACAUGUACGAGCAUUUUAGAGUGGACACUUGACCAAAGUGGCGCCAGACGUACGGUUAUUGCGUUUUUUGUCAUUCUUAUUAUAUAUUUAGAUAAUCCACAACUUAUUUAUUGCCGGAACAAUAAAAAGAAGCAUUAAUAUUUGAA